AUGUUUCCUGAGAAGCGGGUUGUGUGUGUUCCCCUGUCGAUUCUCACGUCCUUCCUGUGCCUGGUGGUCCUCUAUUGCAUCAUGUGGUCUUUCCUGUUGUUGCGCUCGAUGGAUGUGAUUGCAGAGCAGCACAGGACUCAGAUAACAAUGGCCCUGAGCUGGAUGACCAUCAUCGUGCCUCUUCUCACUUUUGAGAUUCUGCUGGUUCACAAACUAGACGGCCACAAUGCGUUCUCCUGUAUACCCAUCUUUGUGCCUCUGUGGCUCUCCUUUUUCACGCUGAUGGCAACCACAUUCGGACAGAAGGAAGGAAACCAAUGGUGGUUUGGUAUUUGCAAAGAUUUCUGUCAGUUUCUGCUUGAAAUCUUCCUAUUUUUGCGAGAAUACGGAAACAUUUCCUACGAUCUCCAUCACGAAGAUGAUGAAGAAACUGAAGAAACCCCAGUUCCGGAACCUCCUAAAAUCGCUCCUAUGUUUCGAAAGAAGACCAGGGUGGUCAUCACGCAGAGCCCUGGAAAGUAUGUGCUGCCCCCUCCCAAAUUAAACAUCGAAAUGCCCGAUUAA